GAUGCGCGAGGCGAAACGACAGGUGACUACUAGUCGCCACGGCGGAGUCGGCUGUCGGACGCCGUCGUCCCGCGCCAUGCGCACCGUCGUCUCGCCGCGCUCUCGGCCGCGCGCUCGGUCGCCCUCGGCAGCGCUCGGCCACCUCCGCCGCUCCAUGGUGGGGCGAGCAGUGUAUCCGUGACGUCACAUAAUUAGAGUAAAUACAAAGUAGUCUUGAUGGGACAGCGGCGUGCGCCGCACCGUGAGUCGCUGAUAUGUAUAUGUCCACGCGCUAUGUGUCGUCAGUGUAUGUGUGCACCAAGGGAUUCUAGAUGACUGUGGGAAUAGUGUGUGACACUCGUGCUGCGAAGAAAUGGAAAAGAUAGAGUUACUGGGCGGUGCUUGCUUCAGCCAUGGCCCUUACACAUUUUAUAAGGCGGUAAGGAUAAGUAACGGUCGCGUCCUCCGUCUCGGCAGUUUCUUCCUCACGAAAUUGUGGAGCGAUGCCGAUCUCGUCAGUAUCGGUGAGCUUCAGCUACUGUGGAUGGACAGUCGUGGACCGAAUCAACCUCUGGCGUCCUUGCGGCUCUAUUUCUUACCUGAAAACACGCCAGACGGAAGGAGGGACACGCACGGAGAGGACGAGGUGCUGACGAUUUCAGAAAAAGUAGUCGUCCGCGUGCACGACCUAGUCACAUGGCUCUCGCCUACGCUGGAAUGGUCGUGGGGCCGGGAGGUGUCCUAUCCGACAACCCCGACGUCGUCCCCGGAGACCAGUCCGCUCAGAUACGAAAUGCCACAGCCACAGGUAUUGACGGACCCGGGGAUUGACUUCUCGGACGUCGAUAAGCAGCAGAAGGAAUACGAGACCAACUUGAACUGUUCGAAAAGAUUGGACAACUUCCAGACAAAAGUAGUGGUACUCUCGUAUCCAAGGUACUGUCGCUAUCGGGCGCUCCUGCGUAGACUCGAGGGUGCCGAGCCAUCCUGGUUGUGCUCGUCCAUCGCGGCCGCGUUAGGGGGCUUUACCGCGACGCCCGGCACCAGGGUGCUCUUCUGCAGGGACACGUUUGACUAUCCGGAUCUCGAGACUCACGAACUACUGUGUAAUCACUUGGCGCCAAAGCUAAAGGGCAGACCGCGAAGAAAGCGUAAAAAGCGCAGCGCUUCGCCGGGCGAAUCCUCGAACGAGAGCGAAGCCUCGGUAGCGUCGACGUCAAAGAGUACGUUGGCGAUCACCAGCACUAGCCUGGUGAUACCCACAGUCGGGAGGCCGCCCUCGUCCGGGGUACGGCGGAGCGAGAGGAAAACCAGCGCGGAAGAAAAGAAGUUUAUCACCGACGUGCAGAGUUUUAUGAACUCUCGGGGUACGCCGGUCGGAAAGAUGCCACUGCUGGGCUACAGGCAGAUCGAUCUGUUCCUGUUUUACACGAAAGUGCAAAUGCUCGGUGGUUACGACUCCGUCAGCGCUGGCCGUCUUUGGAAGACAAUCUACGACGACAUCGGUGGCAACACGGGUUCUACUAGCGCGGCGACUAUUACACGUAGACACUAUGAAAGGUUAUUAUUACCGUAUGAAAGGUAUCAGCGAGGCGAAGAAACAAAAGUGAGACUGAAUCACGGACGACGUGCCAAGAGCAUGAGUAUGUCCGAUGAUUUAGAUAUCAAAGAGGAACCGAGCGAUCUGUACAUGUCGGAGACACCACCACCUAUAGAUGCAAUUCCUACGACUACGACAUCGCCCUUGCAACCAAUAAUGUCAGCAACAACAACGACUUUACUCUCGAGUGAGAAACCCAAAGGUGAAAGCGGCAAGACAUCCUCGUUACGUAGCGUGCGAGUAAAGCCGGAACGCUUAAAGUCUUUGAAUACAAUAAUCGCCAAUAAUGCGACACCUUCCAGCCAGCAAGCUAGCCAACUGCCAAGUCCACCGCCAUCCUCCAAUACGUCAAUCUCAACACCCAACAGCACACCCUCCACCACGCCGACGAAUGGUACCAGUAACAAUCAGAGCGUCUUGGAGCGGCAGCUCAACAGUCCUUUGAUAUCCCAGCAAGUUCCACCGUCGUGUUCGCCACCAGGCUUGCCCGUGACUAGCGUACCGACGAACGCGUCGACGGUUGUCACUCUAACGCCUCCGCCUGAGAAAGAUAUGAAGGAGAUAAAAUUGGAUCCCAAACAGACGACUCUAUUGGCGCAGGGCAAGGAGAAUAUACCGUUGUUCGGCGGUGAGAAAUUCGCGGAGAAGACGAUGGUACCACCGGUCUGCAGAUCACCUGAGGUGAUCGACCUUGAGAAUGAAAGCGACACGAGUAGAGACAAAAUAAUCAUUCCCAGUUUCAAGAAACGCAAGCUCGAGAUUUUGCGCGAAGGCGGUCUCGAGGUUACCGCCGUUGAACUGGACGCACGGCCGAGCGUGAUUCAAAGCAACGUCGCCGUGUCACCGCAGCAGCAUCAACAGCAACAGCAACCGUCGCCCCUGCCGGCUACAAUGAAGUCCACUGAAGAGAGGCAACCAUCGAUCUCGCCGUAUCCGCUUCCAGUCACGCCCAAUUCCAUUCCUAAAUUGAUAUCCGUCACCGUGACGCCCGACAUAGGACACAUGCUACCAUCACCUCAAGAUCACCAUCAGAAUCAUCAAUCGCGAAUAUCAGCGGUUAAACAACUACCGGCUCAUCAUAAUAAUAACAACAUUAAUAUGAUGAACAACAAUAACGUGACGAACAGUCGGGUGAUAAAUCUCGGUAACUCGAACAAUGCCGCGCUAUUGCAGUUGUACGCGAAUGCGAAUGUCGUACCGUCAACGAUUCCGUCUGCGCAGCAGCCAAACCAUCGUUUCGUUCCGCCAAAUAUUCCAAACGGCAGGCUAUUACCGCCGAAAGUGACGCAAUCACGAUCGAUAUUUGUGCACAACGAAAGGACAGUUUACGGAAAUCCCAAGGAUAUUCUUGUUUCUCCACCAAAAUACCGUUCGCCGCAUUCGCAUCCAAGUCCACAUCCACAUCCGCACUCGCAUUUGCAUCCACAUCAACAGCAACAACUGCAGCAGCAGCAACAACAACAACAACAACGCUCGCAGCAUCCGCAAAUGAGCACUAACAACGAUAUCGGACAAGGAGGAAGUGUUCUCGACUUGACGCAAAAGUCUAGCGAGAAACCGACGUUCCCUAGGCCCAGUUUAGAAAUAGUCAGAGUACCUGUAGUGCAGAGGCCUAAUCCAUUAAAUCUGGACGUGCGGAAUCCACCCGCCGCUAAAGAGAAACCGGAUAGGCCUGCCAUCGACUGUCCAAAGCGAGUACCCUUCCCCGCCUAUCAAAACGUAAUCGACAGUCGAACUAUCGCGUCGAAUAAUCUGGAGAUUACACUAGUGAAUCCCAAGCACAAAAACAAUCAUCACCCGAGUAUGCCGUCUCACGUCCAAAUACCGAGUCCACCUAACAAGAGCGGUGCGAUAGGAACGCUAAAUAGCGCGCAAAGAAGGCAACAACAACAACCACCACCGCCACUACCACCACCACAACAACAACCGCAACAAGUAAAUGGAAAAUAUACGGUGAGAAGCGAGCCGGUUUCGCCAUAUACACCGAGAAAGCCAAGUCAUCCCAUCAUACCGAACGUACCCAAUUUGAACCAUCUAAAUCACGCAAAUGCGAGUCCAUUUCCUAGGAUGCAGACAACGACGAUGCAACCACAAAUGAGCAUUGAUAGGAGGAAAGCGGCUGCGGAAGCCGGCAGGGAUCAUCAACAUCGUAGAAUUAGCGAGGGCGAGAAAUCAUCCUUGGCAGCGCAACAACAACAGCAGCAGCAGCAGCAUCAGCAUCAAGAAUCCAGGCAGAACGAAGCCGGGCGACGACACAGUUUACCCAGCAUACCAUCGGGGUUUGUGCCGACGAUACCACAGAACAACUCCACCGGUUUUCCGUUGCCGCAACUGCCAAAUGUGUCCGGCAAGUUCCUACCCCCGGCAAUCCUAGACCCCAUGUACUAUUCCGCGUUCUACAACGGUUUAUUCCCACCACCGAUUCCGCCCACGGCCGCCGCAGCCGCUGCCACGUCGUCGUUUCUACCACCGGAAUUUAGCGCGUAUUACAAGGAGUUGCUCGCUUCCUCGCAACCAAGACUGACGGGGAUGACGGGGCAGCCGCCGCAUCAACAGCCGGCCGCCCCAACGUCUAAAUAGACAAUUUGGGAUCUCAACAUGUAGGGUUUCCGGCAUAGCGAGAGAUGCUUCGAUUACUAGAGAAAGACAAGGAUCCGUCGGACUUAUUCGUUGUCGAAAUGUAUAUCAGCGAGUGAAGCGAUAUAAUAAGAGUAAUGUGGUUUGUUUAAAUUAUCUAUGUUCAGUUACUUAUAUAUUAUUUUUAUUCGAUUAGAGCAACAGGACGAAAUUUUUCACAAAUGUUUAUUCAUGAUAGAUCAAAGAUGGUCCCACGGAGUUUCGCGCAAAGAUGAAUUAAAAUACCGAUUAUAGGAGCCCUAAUGCAGAUUUUUAACGAAAAUGUAUCUUUCAAAUUUCAUAUAGAGUAAUUAUUUUUCAUACGCUCUAUAUAUUAUAAUUAUGAAUAUUUCUUAAAUAAAUUAGUGAUAUUCAUAAUGCGUUUAAUGAGAAAUACAAUUUAUAUAUAUAUAUAUGUUGAUCUUUUUCCACGGGAUCAAUCGUGCAAAAAUUUAAUAUAAUUAAUAUUGAAGAAUUUAAAUUUAACAUAAUAAUGUAUGUUAUAUUUGGAACAUGCGGAUACAAGUUUUCUCUCCGAAAUCAGAUUCUUGGAUUCACGUCCCUGCACGAGACUCUAUAGGAUUAUCUAUAUUAAGAAAAAGAUCCUGUGAUAAAAGUGCGACAAAAUGUAUUGCUAUUCAAGACAGUCGAUGGAAUCCACAAAAAAUCGUUAUUUUUAUGUGUUUAUUUUAUAUAAAUGGUUUACGCGCGUUUUUUUGAGUUUCAUGUUACAUUCAAUGUUCUGAUUGGAAGCUCGCACUAUUUGUGCCAUGCUAAGAGUUGCGAACGAGUUUCAUAUCAACUC